AAUGUGCGGUGGUCACAAGCACAUCUCUGUUUAUGUUGCCCCACUUCCAAUUGAUGAACUCCAAAUUAUAUCUCGAGCAGGAGGCAUUCAUAGGGUAUGGGAUAAAGCAGAAUUUAAAUUUGAUAUUGCGGGGGGUCCACCACAAGUCCUCUAUCGCGUCGACUACGGUGACGGAGAUGGAUUUACAGGGACGAAUGUUACAAACAUGUUGUCUAAAUAUUUUGGUCUACCUGGUGAAUACAUUGUCACUGGAGAGGCUUCCGAUGUACACGGCUUAAUCCCAGCCUCAAAAGCGGCAACCUAUAUACUUGUACAAGCUCCAGCAAAAUAUGUAAAAAUUGAAUGCCCCGAGAGUGUGGUUACCUAUAGUGAAUUUAGAUGUAAUGUCAGCGUAGUUUCUGGUUCAUUUAUGAAUAUAAAGGUCGAUUGGAACGAUGGAAUAGUUGAGUCUUUUCCAAUUGCUGACUCGGUUUGGUUUGGAGCUGGUCCAGCUAUUAGACAACAUUCAGAUAUCGCCGAAUCGUCAGUAGGAGGAAAAACCUAUGUGCUACCAAACUCACAAUUUGAAGAGACGGGAGUUAUUUUAGCUUUUGAAAUGUGGGCUACGCAGGCUGGUCCCAUAGAGCUCAUUAUCCUACGUCCAGUAUGCGGUCCCUCCAUGAGCUAUUGUUUCAAAACAAACAAGUGUACCUCUUCGCCUUGUGAAGAAUAUGGUUCCGUUACUUGUUCUACAGGGGAGCAAUUUUGUCCUGUCAGGGGUGUUUGUCUAGCAUCCGCAUCGUCCAGUUGCCCAUCAGCGAGUAAUCGUUACAGCACUAGCUUACCAGUUUCCUAUGAAGUAAUCAAGAAAUGGGCGUACACAAUUCCAAGUGAAGGUUACAACGUUAUGGAAAUAACUGAUGGGCAGUUUGAAGUUGAAAUGGGAGAUAUUAUCGGAUUUGUUACUGUAGGAGCAGGAAGAAUAGGUACUAGAAGUAAAGACGUAACAGAAGUCGGAGAUAAGGUAAUAGCGACAGGAACGGUGACAGUUGGAAGUGUUUUAAGCGAUUUAAGCCAGGUUACACUAACAAGUCCCGAUGAAAGGCGACAUUUACUGAGGGCAGCAGCAUCUAAACCAGUUAAUAUAAUUGUAUUCCACACCUAUACAACAUCUAGGCAAUUUGAUAUUCGAGUUAACAUUUCCAAUGAGUAUAUUCCCGGAUUUGAUACCACUUCUUUAGGAAUAUAUGCUCAAAUGGGUAUCGAUCAAGUUAUAGCUGACCAUGUCGCAGUUGGUGGCAUUAACAAAGAAGUCACUUUCAACAUCUUACCCCAUCUUGGAACAAAUGUAACUUACAGGUGGAACUUCGGCGAUAGCUUGACUACUGUGGAAACAACUGAACGUACUAUUAAAUAUACGUUUAAUGCCAGAAACACCUACAAUGUUACAGUAGUAGCGUAUAACAAAUUGAUGAGUAAAACAAAUGUAAGUACCAUUACCAUUCAAGGAAUUGUUGCUGAUGUUGAAGUAUUUUCAUCUGUUGGCGAAACAAAUAAAAAUCACAAUUUCUGGUUGAACAUGACUGGUACUGACUAUGUUUGUAAUUGGUCUUUUGGUGAUGGAAACGAAAAUAGAUCGACAUGGCUAAGCAUACCUUCAAACGGAGGUAUUAUGUCUCAUAACUAUACUAUACACGGAGUCCUUACUUUGAACGUUACUUGUUGGAAUACAAUUAGCAGAGAUGAAACCCUUAUACCGGUUUAUAUUUAUGAACCCAUAACUAACGUAGUGUUAACGCCAUCUGGAACCAUAAGGGGAGAUCCAUAUAUGUUUGUUAUUGAAUACGAAACUGGAACGGACGUAUCAGCAGAGCUGAGUGUUCAAUCUCUGUCAAUCGACCUUGCUCAUAAUACAGCUCUGAAACAAUUUUCUUCAAGUUCUCAACCAUCAAUACCCACUGUAGGGAGAAAGCUAAUUACGGGCGCAGUGUGGAAUCCUUUAUCACGUAUUGAAAUUAAGCAAAAUUUCUCGAUUGAAGAGAGAAUUACUGGAUUUACUGCAAAGGUUACCCCAGACAAAUACGAAAUUAUUCAAGGUGAUUCCUUGGAUUUUACAGCACAACUAUUCGGUGGAACUUCUAUUCGUCUCGUCUUUGAUUACGGUGAUGGAACAAGUGACAGUCAUUCUAUUCCCGAUCUUACUCGUUGGACACCCGGUGAUGAGAAAACUUUCACUCACAAAUUCAGUAAACCGGGCAUAUUUACAGUUAAUAUUACUGCAUCCAAUUUCCAAAGUUUUUUCAAAUCUUUUGAGAUAACAGUCUUAAAUACAGUUGAUAAUAUGACACUUGAAUCAAGUUCACCAGCUCCGUUUGUUGAACCAGAGGGACUUGUUUACUUUUGGUUCCUACCAGCCACCUUUCCACCAGUGAAUGCUGAAGUUAGAUUUUUAGAUUGGGGAGAUAAUACAACUACCACUAAUAAAUACGUUCCUUUUACUAUGGACAAAAAAACUUAUAUGCAUCCGUACAAAUCCACAGGCAACUAUAACGUUAAAGUUCAUGUCAAGAACAAGCUGAGCGCUUUAUUUUUAACUGUAACUGUCAAGCUUCAAAUACCAAUAACAAAUAUGAUUCUUGAUGUCAAUCCAAAACAUGCUCCAAUUGGUUUACCAGUAAAUGUAGGUGUUAGAAUGGAUUCAGGUCUUGGUGUCCGUUUGAUUUGGCAUUGGGGAGAUGGAACUAAUUCAGACUAUAAAACUAGGCACGGAACAACUCCUGGUGAUUAUGAUUACGCAGAGCAUAUAUUUAGCUCAAUUGGAACAUAUAAAAUUGCUGUCACUGGAUACAAUGAUUUGGGAAAUACGACUAUUGAAUAUGUCAUAGUUGCUCAACAUCCAGUAACGGAUUCUUUCCAAUUUACAAGCAAUGCUCCACUUUCCUAUCCUCCUGGAGACGUGGAUUUUACCUUAACAUAUCCCCCGUUAGAAAUUUUGCCAACAGAUGCAUCCUUCACAAUCGAUUAUGGAGAUGAAGUAACCACCAAACCUGCUCCUUUGGCAUUCAGCUCUCCAAGUAGAAGUGAACUUUUCCCAUACGAAUAUAAAAAAGCUAAUGGAUGGAUAGCUACAAUAAAAAUAUUUAAUCUUGCUUCUUCAAAAACUUUAACAGCUAGUGGUGGAGUCUUUGAAAAGAUUGCCAAUUUGAAAGGCAAAGCUCUAUUCAGACCAGAAGUACCUGUUGAUUCUCCUGACAUUGUUGGAUUUGGACCGGAGGAAAAUGUGUUUCCUUUUCAUAGAGAUGUUAAAUUCUUCAUGACAUCGUUUGGUACGGUUGUAAAAUAUCUUGUUUCGGUAUCAAGUGGCUCUGCAUUACAAAUCUGUAAUAAGACAACUUCUCCAGUUACUGUUAGUUUUCCCGCUGUUGGAACUUAUGAUGUUAGAGUAACUGCUUGGAAUCCCAUUGGGUCUGUGGAUUGGAAAACAAAAAUAAUUAUUGCAGAGGCUAUUCUUGAUUUGGAUGUUAGCGAUGGUCUCAUAAGAACCAAAGCCGGGCAGAGUAAGGAAUUUAAAGUCGUGUUUGGUUCAAUUGGCACGAAUACAUGUCUAAAGUUAAACUUUGGAGAUGGUUCAGCUGAUGUUGCCUACGGAACUACGGCGGAUUGCAACGCUGCAUAUUCAAUGACUCCUAAAGGCAGCUUAACUAAUCCGUUGAAAGUAUUUCAUGUUUUCGAUAAAAAUGAUUAUUACACCUUGAAAGCUGACGCAAAAUCCCUAUUAAAUUCCGAAGUUCGGACGUUUUCCUUCACAGUUUCAGCAGCUGAUUGCGCCGCUCCAUUGGUUGAAAUUCAAGAUGCUGUUACGAAAUUUAGCGAUGCUAGAAAAGUUUACAGAAAAGAUUCUUUCCGUUUGGUUGGAUUAACAAGUAUACAAUGUACAGCUACUUUAGAUAAUGUUAAAACAUGGUCCGUGGAAGAGAUUGAUUCAUCAACAGGAGUAACAAAGAAGAAAAUUGAUUUAUCGUCCUUAAAAUCAAGUGAAACGUCUGAACUAAAUAUACCUGCAAGAUAUUUGAAUUAUGGACUCUAUAAAAUAUUUUUCAACGUAAAAAUGGAUAGCAAAGGUAUACCAGACCAAUCAACGUUUACUUCAUCAGCUAUCACGUAUGUUCAAAUAAGGGCAUCACCUCUAAUUGUUCAAGUUAUGGAAGGUGGAAUGAAUGUAAUAACUAGAGGUUUUGGACAGGACAUCACACUGGAUGCUGCCAAAAAUAGUAUUGAUCCAGAUAAUCCUGAGAACAAGCAAUUCGACAAGUUUUUUUGGAUAUGCAAAAGAUCGGACGGUGAAUACCCAAGGACCAAAGACGGUAUUUUGGCGGAAAAGCCAUUAACUCGGCCAUAUACUCUAUCUGAAUUAGCUUUACUUACUGAUAAAACUGAUAGAAGAGGUUGUUUUGCUUCUCAGCCACCUGGUAAAAUCAACAUAACUGGUGGAAAACUUACCUUUAACACCAAGAACAUGUUGGAGAAUGAAACUUAUAACUUUUACGUGAAGGUAUUUAAAGGGGCGAGAUCUGCUUAUUCAUAUCUUCAUCUUAGAGUAGUAACUGGAAAUCCUCCCAACGUUUUACUUGAAUGUCCUUUUGGAGGUCUUUGCACUCCAACAAGUCUUGGACAAAGGGUAAAUCCUACUGAACGUUUAGCACUACGAGGAACAUGUACUAAUUGUGCGGAAGGUCAAAUAUACAAACAUGAAUGGUCACUCUAUAGAGAAGGCCUAAAUAAUGCUUGGAUUAGAGUUGGUGAUUUUACUCAGCAUAUUCGAGGAGCAGCAUCACCGGAAAUAUCAAUAUCUUCGUCACUCUUUACGAAGUACUUAAAAACUUCUUCAAAAGUUUUAAAUUAUAGAGUAAAGUUGGCUUUAACACCGAUAAAUGGAGGAACUGUUGGUGUGUCAUAUACAAAUUUGAUUAUUAAUGCUCCACCAGCGAGAGGUUCUUGUUCAAUCGAACCCAAAGUUGGCUAUGUUGUGCAGGAUACUUGGAAUUUGACAUGUAAACAUUGGUACGAUGCUGAUGGUAUAUCUUACUACCAAGUUGUAACAAAGAUGAAAGGAUAUGAUGCGGAAAAUACUCUAUACGUUGGAUCUUCUGGAAUAACGAAAUUGAAUGUACCACAAGGCCCCGCAGACGAUUCUUAUAAAGUUUCCGUUUAUGUAAGAAUAACUGAUGGGUUUGGUGCAACAGUUACCAAGUUAGUUGGUAUUGUUCAAUCAAAACCUUUGGGAUCUGCAGCUCUGAAGAAAGAGCUAAAAGCAUCAGAAAAAAUCAUCAAAACGUUAGCUGCCGAUGGCGACCUUCGAAAAUCGUCAGUUGUUUAUAUGAAAUAUGCCAGUGCAAUGAAUACUGAUAGGGAAGGAGAUGAAUCAUAUUAUGCAAACUAUGGAGUUGAAGUUUCACCAGUGAGUACCAGACUCAACAUAAAAACCAAACCAAUUGUAAACGACAAAGUUAACGAAACUGUUAGAGAAGAAAAAGAAGCUGAAAAAUCGAAAGAGAGAAAUUUUAGAUCUGAACAAAGGCAAACAAUGCUAGUUUCGUUGGCUUCUAUGCCUGCAAACACAAUGAAGGAUUUACAGCUAAAGGCUUCUACAUUAAGUGAAAUCACAAAAUCACCUGACGAAUUAACCAGGGUAUCCCAACAGAAGUUGAUAGAAAGCGUUGAAGACUCGGUAAAAGUUUUAGACAAGCUUGUCAAUGAAUUUGCAAAAACUGAACUUUUACUGUGUGUAACCCAAUUGAUCAGUACUUGCGCUGAUGCUUUAGAAUCUUUUGGGGUAACAGCUAAUUAUCCCCUCGAAUCUGACAUAUUAGAAUCAAUAGACUCAGUUUAUUAUGAAUACGAUACAACAAUCUUUAAAAAGAGAAAGAGAUUGGAUGGAAUCAAUAAGGACAAGCAAAGAAGAGCUUUUAGAGUAGAAACGAACUCUCUAAAUCAAGAAGAACAUGCUGGAGUUUUUGAGCAGAAAACGAGACCUGCCAUUAACUCACUAAUAGGAAUUCUGAACAAAAGAGUGGUUCUCGGAGAAGAUCCUUUGGUUAUUAGAACGAAUAAUUUUGUCGCUAGUCUUAUCAAAAAUACAGCUGACAAUACCUUGGCUGAACCAUUCGUUUAUGGUAGAACUAGUUUGAAACUUCCUUCUUGGUGCUCUCUGACAAAUAAGGUUUCAUCGGCAUGCAAUCCAAAAGAGAUCAUUUCAGCAAGAGUUCUAUCUUAUGGUUUUAACCCUUUAACCCAUGUAUCGAAUAAAGAUUCUGUUCCACCUUCAAUUUCAACAAUUGAUGUGUCAAUUUUAGAUUCUGAUGGCAAAGAAAUUCCAAUUAGGAACUCGUCAGAAAAAAUCAAAUUAGAAUUAGAGUUGGACCCAAAAACUGAUGAUGUAAAAGCGGCAUAUAUCAAUGCAAAAUUGGGAAAACAAUCACUAUUACUCCACAAGUUUAAUGUCAAUCUUUCUGACUCAAACAUCAACAUGGAAGUUAUUCCCGACAACCCCAAGGUUCAAUUUAUUGGUUUCCUACGCUACGAAAAAGCUCCAAACUUUACAGAGACUGACGUAUCUUUUGAUUACCAUUUCCUAUUUCCAAGUAAACUAUCGGACGCAAUAAAAAAUUACAAAUCAGUCCUAGAUGGAAAAACAACUGGUAAUAGAGUUGGAGUUUGGUACUUGGGCCUUAGACAAUUAAACACUACAGAUUAUGAUAAGUAUAUACCACAAAAUAUUCCAUCGUAUCCUUUAAAUGGAGAAGGAGAGUUUACAACGAAUUACACUAUCAAAAUAUCAGCAGUUUCUUGUUCUUUUUUCGAUGAAUCGGCUAGAAGGUGGAAAAAUAACGGUCUCAAUGCUAAGUUGCAAAGUAGUACGAGACUUGCGUGCGAUUCUGAUCACUUGACACUCUUCGGUGGAUCAUUGGUUGUUCAGCCCAACACUAUUGAUUGGAGUUAUGUAUUAAAAAAUCUCUCAUUUGCCAGCAAUCCAACCUUAUACAUAACAGAAAUUACUAUUUUCGUCAUAUUUAUUUUAGCAGCAAUCUGGGCAAGAAGAAAGGAUAAGCAAGAUGUUAUGAAGUUGGGAGUAUCUCCUUUGAAGGAUAAUGCACCAGACGACAAGUACUUGUAUGAAAUUAUCUUUUACACGGGAAUGAGGAAAAAUGCCGGAACCGAUUCCAAUGUUCAAUUUAUACUGUCUGGUGAAUACGAUGAAACCGAUGUUCGUACGGUUGAAGAAAAAGAGAGGAAGAUUUUCAGAAGAGGUGGAGUGGAUGCAUUCUUAAUGGCAACGCCAUCUCCAUUAGGACAAUUCUCUUACAUGCGUAUUUGGCACGAUAAUACAGGGAAAGGUAAAUAUGCUUCCUGGUUUCUGAAACAUGUUGUUGUUGUGGAUCUUCAAACAAAGGAAAAGAGUUACUUCCUGGCUAAUCGCUGGUUUGCUGUUGAAGAAGAUGAUGGUCAAGUUGAUAGACUAUUGCCUGUCGCUGGAAAAGAACAAAUGACAGAAUUUGGCCAACAAUUUUCUGCAAAUACAAAGAAAAAUCUAAAUGAUGGACAUCUUUGGUUUUCUGUUGUUAGCCGUCCACCACAGUCGAGAUUCACAAGAUUGCAAAGAGUAUCAUGUUGUCUUCUACUCCUGUAUUCGACCAUGUUGGCAAAUGCAAUGUUUUAUGGCAGAGGAGAAUCUCAAGGCGGUGCUCAAAAUGCACUCCAACUUGGCCCAUUUGCUUUAAGUCCCUCGCAGAUAUACAUUGGAGUUGUAUCAAAUCUUAUUGUAUUCCCAGUAAACCUUCUUGUAGUAACGCUAUUCAGAAAAUCAAGAAAGAAGAAGAAGAGAACGUCUCGUCUUCAGGAAGCUAUUCAGAAAAAUCAGCAAUUAGCCAGUAAAAAGAGUAAACUAUCUUUACAAUCUUUAUCGGUUUGGGAGACAAGCACAGACGAUAAACCGUUGGAAGAGGUUCGACCAAGCGAAACAACUCCACCUCCUCCUCACGACACUGAAAGAACCUGCUCGCCCAGCUCAUCUUCUGCUCCCAUAAUAACUCAGAAAAAGCAGAAGAAACCAUUUUCAUUUCCUUGGUGGGUGUGUAUUGUGUCUUGGAUUAUUCUUUGGUUAUCUGUUUUAACUUGUGCUGCUGUUGUUACGGCAUACGGGAUUACGUUUGGAGAUGACAAAUCAAAGAAAUGGAUCACCUCUAUGUUGAUAUCUUUUAUAGCGUCUAUCUUUUUUACACAACCCAUCAAGGUUAUCCUUGUUGCAGUCCUGGUUUCUCUUAUCUUCAAGAACACCAAUAUCGAUGAGUCCGAGGAUGAAGAAGAUGAAGAAGACUACGUUCUGGCUUCUGAUGAACAAUGGUUACAUAAACCAGAUGAACAUUAUGCCAAACCAAGAAAGGUUCCAUAUAAACCUCCAAAUCCUGAAGUCUUAGAAAAAGCUCGAGCGGAAAGAUUAAAAGAAUUAGAAAUGUACAAUGUCAUCAGAGAAAUAGCUUUUUACGCUUUAUUCCUUUGGCUCCUAAUAAUCAUUGGCUACAGUUAUAGAGAUACAAAUUCAGGAACUAUGAAAACCAGUCUCGUUAAUCAUUUUAUCGACGUUUCAAAGAAGAACGUUAAAAUGGUUGACUUUACCGAGGUUAAAAACAAAUCUCAUCUUUUACACUGGAUGGAAAAUUCUUUGGCUCCGUCUCUAAGAGCAGGUGAUUGGUACAACGGGCAGAAAGCUUUUGGGCAAAUCGGAUUCGCCAGCGAUCGGGUCUCUAGAAUAAUGGGCUACGCUACUCUAAGACAACUUAGAGUUAAACCUCGUCAAUGCCAUCCAGUCAGUCAGAUGAGACCACUUCUUAGAGAAUGUAAUACGAAAUAUAGUAUAUCUGAUGAAGAUAGAACGGCGCAUGGCACAGGAUGGAGUAAACUCAAUGCAACAACUAAGGCGCCUCCUCAUUAUGUUUACAGAUCUGCAGAAGAGUUAGAAGGAUAUCCAUAUUGGGCAAUUCAAAGCGUCUAUCCGGGUGGAGGAUAUGUUAUUGGUUUAAACAUGUCGUUACUUGAUAUGCAAGCUAAAAUAAGAGAAUUAAGGGAUGAAUUGUGGAUAGAUAGAUAUUCAAGAGCUCUGUUUAUUGAAUUUUCAGUGUACAAUACAGGAGUUAAUCUCUUUGGUAUAUGUACUUUGGUUGCAGAGUUGAUACCAGAUGGAGGUAUUGUUACAUCUUAUAGAAUAGAAGCGGUGAAUCUUUUAUCGUAUUUUAGCGGAGCAAUGUUAUUCCAAGUGAUUUGCGAAGUAUUUUUCGUAUUAUUCAUUGUUUUCUUUUUGGUUAAAGAAGGAAGAAACUUAUACAAACAAAGAAAAUUAUACUUUAAACAAUUUUGGAAUUAUGUGGAAAUUGGUAUAAUCGUCUUCUCUAUUUCUGGAAUCUGCAUGUACUUUUAUAAAUUGGUUCAAACCAAUAAGAUAUUAAAGAAAUUCAAAGAUACUCAUGGAAACGGCUAUAUGAAAUUACAAUACGUUGGCUACUGGCACGAAAUUUUGAUGUAUAUGGUUGGAUGGACAGUCUUCUUGGCGACUUUGAAAUUCAUUAGGUUGCUAAGAUUCAAUAAGAGAAUGUCUAUGUUGGCUGCUACUCUUAAAGUGGGAGCUAAACCUUUAUCACAAUUUGCUAUGCUAUUUCUUGUAGUAUUCUUCGCUUACGCCCAAUUCUUCUUCCUUAUUUAUUCUCAAUUGAUGCAAACUUUUGCAACUGUCAUAAAGUCGGCCGAAACAUGCUUACAAAUGCUUUUGGGCAGAUUCAACUUCAACGCCAUGCAAGAGGCAUCACCACUUUUGGGACCAGUUUUCUUCUUCUUUUAUGUCAUAACAGUAGCCUAUAUACUCAUUAAUAUGUUCCUUGUUAUUCUUAACGAGUCAUUCUCGCAAGUAAGAAGAGAUUUAUCCAAGCAGUCGAAUGACUACGAACUAGUUGAAUUUAUGAUAAGACGACUAAAAACUUGGACAGGAAUGGAUAAGAAGAAGAAAGGAUCAAAACCUGUGGAACCAGAUUAUAAAUCAGCCACCAAAGCUUUACAACCGGGAAUGCCGCCAGCAAACUUGGAUAAUUUCCCAGAGAAGGUUGACAGACUACUAAACUGUAUAAGUAAAGUUUACUUCGAUUCGGAUAGAUUUGCGGCCAUAUUUGAAAAUGGAACUGGAAGAGAGCAAGGAAAGGAAGGAAUGAAAAGAUUGAUGCAACAGCAUCGUAUACAAAAAUCGUUGGAUAUGGCAUCGAAAAAUAUUCAACGUUGCCAUUUUCCAACUUUGGAUGAAACAGAUACGGAAAAAAUGAACUUUUAA